AUGUAUUAUUUAAAGCUUUUUUUAAAGCUAUUUGCAUUAAUUUUUUUGAGUUAUGAUUUUAUUGUUUUAAAGAAUGAAGCUAUUAUAGAGAAAAGAUAUUUUUUUAAAAAAAGCUAUGAUGCUUUAUUUGCACAAAGGGAUAGAUUACCUUCAUAUAUAAAUCAAGAUAAUCAAAUAUCUAUAUAUUUUUGUAGAUCAUGACAAUCCCAAUAUGUUUUAAGUAAAAUAAAAAAUUAUUUUGAUAUAUUAAAUGGGGAAAACACUAAAGUUUAUUUUGAAGAAGACUAUCAAAUAUAUAAUAAUUAUAAUGACAACAAUAGGAAGAAAUAUGUUUUAUUCUUAAUGAGUAUUAGACCAGCACUUAUCUAUAAAUUGUUAUGUUAUAUUAUUUUCAUAUUUUAUAUUUUAAUUUCAUUAAUUAUAAUAUUUCCCAGACAUACGGAAUAUUUUAUACCAGUAUUUAUAGUAAAUGAUGAAAAUUUUAAAAAUAUUUUUGAAAAUAUGAGGAAAAAAAAAUUAGCUGUAUUUGCUAUUAUGUUUUUUUCAUAUAAUGUUAUAUAUGGCUUAUUGUGUAAUACAAAUAUAAUUCAUAUAUAUCAAAAUAAAAGAAUAAUUUACAACGAUUAUUAUAUAGAUGAUUUGUUCAUAAAAAAUAUAGAAAAUAGUUUAAUAAACAUAAGAAUAUAG